CCUCACGAGUACAUUAGCGCUGUGCAUUGUGGACUCACUCCCUCGCCGUCCAUCUUGCAAAAGUUCACGAGGAGCUUGGUCCGUGGAGAGAAAAAAAACCCGGUUCAACAUGUUUACCUGCAGUAAAUUCACCACAACUCUCGCUAGAAAUUUGGCCGGCCAUGGGCGCACGUUGGCAACUGCUGCCAUUCGUCCCCAGUCACAAGCUUUGGUAAAGAGUGGAUCUCAGGCAAGCAGGUUCAACAUGUCCAGAGCUGUUGUCUCAAGUCAGUUUCCAGGUGUGCAGAACCAGGUUAUUGAUGGCAAGGCUGUUGCCCCAGCAUCCCCUCUGCUCGGUGCUCUUGCCAGCCGUGGAUUCCAGACCAGUUCUGCUGUGCAGGAUGUUGACUCUGCUGCUAAGUUUAUUGGUGCUGGUGCAGCCACUGUAGGAGCUGCUGGCUCUGGAGCUGGAAUUGGAACAGUGUUUGGCAGUUUAAUCAUUGGAUAUGCUAGGAAUCCUUCAUUGAAGCAACAGCUUUUCUCCUAUGCUAUUCUAGGGUUCGCCUUGUCAGAAGCCAUGGGUCUCUUUUGUCUUAUGAUGGCCUUUUUAAUCCUCUUUGCCCUGUAAGCUAGUUAGGGGUUGUCUUGUAAGUGGUGUGAUUCAGUGCCUAUUUGUUUUUAUGGCACAGCAUUCCUACACAAGUGGCGUUAAAAUGUGUAACUAAUUUUUUGUGAAGGAUAGCCAAACACGGCUGAAAAUAAAUGUGAAUGCAAAUUUCAA